AUGGUGAUGGCCGCGAUUCUGAGCAGCGGCGCAACUGGCGACGCAGCAACAGAAGACCAUAAAGCGAUGAUAGGCUACCUAUCAUUGAUCGAUGCCUCGAAAUGUGUCGAAAUCUUGUGGAAAGAGCUAGAAUUACAAGAUUGCUUUCCCGACGAAUCGAUCAAAAAGUACGAGCGGGUAUUGGAGUCAAAAUGGACAUGCGUCACCAAGCUCAACGCUCAGAUCGCGAAGCUGGUAGUAGAAAAGGCCCGUCUAGAGUCAGAGCUAUUAUCCCCUUCAACAGCUAUCACAAGACCAACUCAAGAUCCAAACAAAUGGCUUCCAAGCACUCCAACUUAUACCUUGGAGUCCCACCGAGAAGCCAUCACGUGCAUCGCUUUCCAUCCAGUCCACUCAUCCCUAGCAUCCGGAUCAGAAGACUGCACUAUCAAAAUCUGGGACUGGGAAUUCGGCGAACUCGAAAGAACACUCAAGGGCCAUUCACAAACCGUGACAGACCUCGACUUCGGUGGCCAAAAGGACAAAAUACUACUUGCAUCGAGCUCAGAUGACUUGAAAAUCAAAAUCUGGGACCCCAGCAACGACUACGCCAAUAUUCGAACUCUUGCAGGCCAUGAUCUACCCGUUACAUCUGUACGAUUUCUGAAAUUUGGUGAGAAUCGUCUCGUCUCAGCUAGUCGAGAUGCAUCGAUUCGGAUAUGGAAUGUGACAAUGGGAUACUGCAUCAAGACGAUAUACUCGCACGGCGAUUGGAUAUAUGGUCUUUCGCCCUCUGUAAAUGGGGAAUUGCUGGUUACGGGUGGUCGGGAUCAAGCUGCGACCAUCUGGGAUGUUGCAUCUGGUCAGGCUAAAGCACUUCGAGUUAUCAAUCCUUGGCUGCAAUGA